AUGGCAACCUCCAUGUUCUCCAACUUUACCUCUGCGGAUCGCCGCAAGAGAUUAGUAACCUACGGCAAGCCGUCGCGACUAUCGACGACCCCGGCACCAGCACCCGCUUCAAACGACGACGCGCCAUCGCCCGAGCGACCGCGAAAACAUACCGCGACCUCCAAUGGGACGUUGAAAAGGCCAGGAGGGAUCGGAACUAAUCUAAAAGCUGCUAGCAGUUCAGGCGGCGCGCGUGCGAACACUGGGAGUCCCGAUAUCUACGAUGUACCCUCCGAAGACGAUUUUGUCGCGCGCUCCAUCAAACCUGCAAGGAAAUAUCCAACAAGGGAUAGACCACCUGGAGACGUUUUUGAGGUCCCUCUCUCAGAAGACGAUGCUCCUGCGCCAAGUCGAAGACCCGUCAAGGCUGUACAGCCGUCGCGCAAGCUUGCGACAGUGAAGAAAGCAGUUGCCGCCGUUGAAGAACCGCAAAAGCCCGUACAGCUGCCAAAAUCAGCACGAGUACCCCAACCUCCAUCCGAUGACCCUGUGGCGCCUCUCGUACGACGCAGAAAGACACCCCAGCCUGUGCAGAAAGCGAAGCAAGAUACACAGAAUAGGGAACAGGAACAACAACCGGUAGUGGUUGCGAAGCCAAAGGCAUCUUCACGGGCUGUCACUCCUGCUCUGUCUACAUCAAAGGCUCGGAAGGAUGCAAAGUCCACGUUGGGAUCAGCCCUUACAAAGGCAUCGGUACAAACAUCGGCGAUGAAGAAAUUAGAAGAUCCGGACGUGUACGAUGUGCCUUCUUCAGACGAAGAAGAACGUUUGCCGACCCGACAACCAGUCCGUCGAAUUCCAGCAGCAAAAUCGAAAGCCCCAACAAAGUCGCUGAAAGCAAGUACCGAAGCCCACAAAAGCUCCGUAGAGUCUGAUGGUUCGAAUACAUCAAAGAAGCGGAAGCGCAAAGGGUCCAUAUCUUCGGUGACUACCGUGAAGCCAACAAUCGAGCGAAAGCGAGAACCAUCGGUACCUCAACGUAAUCACAAAUACCAGAAGAAAGAAGAUAGUAUAUCACCGGGGCUUGAUAUGCCACACAAGCCCGAUGUAACUGCUGCGCCAGAGGUUCAAACUGCAAUACUCACGGUCAACAAACCCAGGAGGACGCGAUUACGCACAGUACCUGUGCUUGCACGGCCGGCCAUAUCGAAGGGACAAUCAUCACCAGCUGCACUGCAUACUAUGCUCCCUACGCGCCCUCUAUCCAAGCCGUCUCCUAUUGCCGAAGUGCCUGAGGUCACGGCACUGGAAGAUGAAACCAUGUAUGCUAUUCCAGAUCCGUUAGCCACGCCUGUCCGUUCUUCAAAGAUGGUCCCCCCAGGCUCAGUAACACCGCGCCAAAAAGCGCUGUUUAGCAGCUUGUUGGGCGAAUCUUCCUCGUCAACCCGUAUGCCGGGUAUAUCUACACUGCAGCUAGCGGAUCGGAGCCCGAGGCCGCUUCUUGGGGCCUUGUCGAGGUCAAAGUCUGACCUCACUUGCAGUGCUCAGGUCCGGAAGCCUAGACUCAUUGAUACAAUUAAGCGUGCUGAGACUAGCUCGGACGAUGAGGAUGAAGACGACGAUAGCACGAGCGACAGCGAUGAAACCACUGCAGAGAUAUUUCAUAACGGAAGUGCGAUCGAAAAGCCACCAACCACUCGACAUUCUGCUGCUAUUUUAUCUGAUGGCAUGGAUGUCGCCGAUAUAGCUGCGGCCUCGCAAACAUCACAGCCUACUUCUGGCCCCGGAACCAGCGCUAAGCUCACGUAUGCAAAGGCUCGGUCUUAUCUGGAAGAAGCUAAUCCUGAGGAUGCUCUCCUAAUCUCAAUGGAUCUUGAUGACAACCUAGGCUUCGACUCACAGAGGAAAGACUGCAUGUCGGAGGACGAAGAUGAUCCCACUAAUCAGGUUCAAGCUCAUCACGAGCUUAAAAGACAAGGCCAACAGAAAGCAUUCCAUUGGGAGGCGGAGAUGUCGAUCGACGACAUCUCCAACAAGACAAGCAACGGCAUUCGCCGCAGUGCAAUGUUGGAGCUUUGCACCAAGAUGGCUGACACAACGUUCACUAACCAGCUUCUCGACUCGUCCUUGGCCCACCAAUUCUUCAGCAAUAUGUCCUCGAACGGAGAGGUAGUUUUCGACUUUGCCACCACUAUCGCUCUUAUCUUCGUCUUCAGGACCAAUCCUACCUACACUGUUCUAGAUCAGAUUCACCGAACUGGCAUCAUUACAGCCCUAAUCAAUCUUGCAGACAAUGAUAUGGAUAUUCAGAGAAUCGCAAAAGAUCGGAAGACAAAUUUGUCGAAGAUAGCACAAGAAUCUGUGCUAAAAUUUCGCACUCUCGUACAUGAAUCUUCUAUCUGGCACUCAGAGAAGCCCGACAAACUGUCACCACAGCUUGUCGCUUUGAAGGCCUUUGACUCGCUCAUAGUUGGUCUUCGAAAGUCUGAUAGUCGCGAGCCGCUGGUCAGUCAGGCGGAGAUCUCGAGACUGGUAGACAUGACCUCGAAACCGUACGAGCUAGUGAAAUCUGGCACGGGAUCGACACAUGAUACUCUGGUCCUAAACUCGAUUCUUUCAAUACUUGAAUCUGUCUCCGUCGCAGGACAGAAGCAACCGGUAUGGUCUAUCGGCAUUCUUCAACGCUUGGCGGAUCUGUUACCCGUCUUCUUUGGACAUGACACUGUCUCAUCCACCAUGCUAGCUGUGAAGCUCUGCAUGAACCUGACGAACAACAAGCCUAAAGCCUGCCAACCAUUUUCGGGGACGACGUUCGUUCGCCCUCUUGUGGCAUCCAUCAUUUACAACUUCGAACUUCUCAAUGCUGGUAUAGGGUUGGAGCAGCGAACGGAGGUGCUAGAGAGUCUAAUACUUAGCUUGGGCGCCAUGAUUAACCUGGCGGAACUCAGCGAUUCAGCAAGGUGCAAUGUGGACGACGGGGAUCAAGCGAUUGGUACCCUGGUCCGGAUUUUCCUUGAGGGAUCAGAACGCGCAUCUCAAGCUAAAUCGAUGGAAGAGUCUCACUCUAGCGUAGCUGUCGGCUACCUUACGGUACUUCUCGGCAACCUUUGUCUCAAUAGCAUUGUAGGAGCCAAGAUCCGCACGCAGCUUCCAGACCAGCGACUCGAUAUGCUCAUCGAUAAGAUCAAAGAGUUCGUCCAGUUCCAUGAGCGCGUCGAUCGCAAGACUAGGCAGUUCGAUGGAGAAGAAGGCCAGGAGACAUGGCAGAACUACAUUGCUCGUCUGAUGCUUGUAGUUGAAAAGUUGGAGAAAGCAGAGGCGCAAUAG